AUGAAAUACUUGAAUCUGAUUUUGCUGGCCUCGUCGGUGGCUUGUCGGUUCAGCGAUGAUUUCUAUCAAAUAUUAGCCAAGGAAAAUGCGCACAAGAACCUCAUUGCAUCGCCGAUUUCCGUGGAGAUUGUCUUAAGCAUGAUGUACAUAGCAGCUGGUGGGAAAACGGCCAAGGAGCUAAGAAACACUCUGCACUUGGCUGAGGAUAAGGAAGAUGUGGCUGACAGCUACAGGGAGUUUUUCACAAGUCUUCAGGAACGGGAAAAGUCUGUGAGCCUUCAUCUAACAAACCGGAUAUAUGUCAAUAGAAAAUAUCGCCUAGUUCCGGACUUUAAUAAGUUAGUACAAAAGUCCUUCAAGGCCAAAGCCAAGGCGAUCAAUAUGGAAAAUCCCAUUAAUGCCUCAUCGAUUGUCAAUGGUUGGGUAGCCAAGCAGACGCGUGGCAAGAUCACGGACAUUGUUGCACCCAGUGACAUGCAUUCCGAUCUUAGCACUCUUCUGGUAAAUGCCAUUUACUUCGAAGGUCACUGGCAACACCAGUUCCAGGUUGAUCAAUCCAAUGAGGAGGAUUUCCAUAUAUCCAUUGACAAAAUCAUUCCCGUCGAGAUGAUGACCUUCUCUGGACACCUAAUGGCAGCCAACUUGGAUGACUUAGAUGCCAAGGUGAUAGAGCUACCCUACCGGAAGUCCAACCUUUCGAUGCGCAUCUUCCUGCCCAACCAAAUCGAUGGUCUUAUGAAGUUGGAGGAGAAGCUUUCUGGUUUCUCGAGGGUCCUGCAGAGAACUUCGGUGAAUGUAAAGCUGCCCAAGUUUAAAAUCAAAUUUACCACUCAGUUAAGUUCAGUUCUUAAGAAGUUAGGCAUACGCGAUGCCUUUGAAAACUCUGCUGACUUUGAGGGCUUAGUCUCGGGCACAGGUGUUAAGAUUGAUAAAAUCAUUCAAAAAGCCUUUUUGAAGGUCGACGAAAGUGGCUCCCAGGCUGCCGCAGCAACAGGUGUACAUAUUCGACGAAAGAGGUCGCUUGAUAAUCUUCAGCCGCCCAUGAAUUUCAUAGCUGAUCAUCAAUUUGCUUAUGUAAUUCGUGAUCAUAAAACGGUCUUCUUUCAGGGACACAUUGUUGAGCCUCAUUGGUAA